AUGUCGGGCUACGACCGGACGCCGGGCCCGACCUCACCGAGGCCGUCGAGUCGGCGGAGAGAGUCUCGCCGAGGAUAUGAUUCGCGGGCAUCGGACGUGGCUCCGACCCCGAGGCGCGAUAACGCCUCGGUGCGCUCCCAGCGAGGUUCGAUGCGCUCGCAGGGGAGGUCCGAGGCCGACAGGAUGCCGCAGACGCCGACGACAGUGGACCGGGCGUAUGGUCGCACGGAUGCAAGGUCGGGGAGGAGUGGGGGCUCGGCCAAGUCGGGUAAGUCUGCAGCUUUCAGAAGGGACAGCUCACUCGCCGGGUUCAUCAAGAGAUUGAGGGACGUCGAGAUCCUAUCCGACGUCGCUCUCGGGAAGAUUAGGGCGAGUGGACACAAGAUGCCGGGCGAUUUGGAGGCGUUCCAAAAGCGGAAGGACGAGGUUCUGCGCUGCGUGGACGAGAUGAAAGGUUUGCCGGGAGCAGAGCAGAUCCUGAGUGGGAAAGUUUCAGACGAGAUGUUCAGGGAGUUGAGGUACACGAGCAGGUACAUUGACGAGUUCAAUAAGGUGCCACUGAUGCCGAUGAACACCCUCUUGGGAAGUUCACUGUCGAGUUGGCUGGUUUCAGACGAAACCCUGGACAAUAACCCGGCAGUGAUGAAUCUCAGACAACUCAGGGAGACGUGCGAGAGCCUGCAGACAAUUGAGGAAAUCCUCACGAGUCAAUUAUCCGUACUGAACUGGGACGUGGGCGAAGCAAUGACGCCGCCACCGCCGGAAAUCAUAGUGAACCCAAAGGAUGUGGAGGUUGGAUUGAGGCGUGAGCAGAGCAGCAGCCCGCCCGAGGAUAGCACGUGCUGCUUCUGCUGCUCAUCCGCACCGAUAGAGGCGCCGGCGCCGGCGCCGCGGAAGAACAACAGCUCGACGAGGGGGCGUGAUUCUCCCGCUAGUGGGAGAAGUAGUGGGAGGAGAUGAACAUGACGUGAACGUAGUAGCUUAGGUUAUCAUAGAAGCAUCGCGAAAUAGUCUAAAA